UUUAUACCAAGCUAUAUAAAAAAAACCUCUGGUUUCUAGUCUUUGUAGCCUCAGAAUUCUCUUCCUCUCACUCUCUUCUCCAGCCGGUGGUAGCAGCGGCAGAAGCAGCAUCUCCGACAGCCUGUCCUGCCUAGUUCAAGCAGCUUCUAGCUAGGAAGUAAUAGGAGCUAAAGAUUUCAGUUCUCAAACAGAAAUGGGUUCUUCAAGCAAAGACCUUUUGCAUUUGGAGAACAAGUAUUUCGUAACACCAUCAUCCCUUGAGUCUAUACUUCGUGUAUGUGAGAAAGAUUCUGGACCCAGGAAGCCCCCAGCUGAUGGAAAGCCCUUAACCACUCCAGUUCCUCAAAGUCAAGUUCUAGGAAAAGUGAGAGAUUUCAUAGGAGUCAUAUCAGAAGCCAAUAAGCGGUUGCAGGAAGAUGCAAAGGAUAAUUCUGAGAAAUAUGACAUUGAAACGCUAACUGGAAAUGAAUCAGAAGUCGUUGAGAUGGAUUUGAUGCUGGGUAUAGCUGAUCUUCAUACUCCUGAAGCUGUAGCUGCUGCUGAAUCUGCAAUAGGUAAUGGUCAUCCAUUGAAUUCUUUGGCUGCUAGCAGUAGUGAAUCAGAAUCAGAAGACACAAGUGAUGAAAGCCAAAGCGAUGAUGAGGCCAGUGAUGACACUGAAAGUGAUGGUGAAGACAAUGGCAAUGAUAAUAAUAAAACAUUCAAGUCUGGCAACAAUGAUUCAAAUGAAGGUAUUGUAAAACAAUGCUCAAAAAGGCAACGAAAAAUUGUUGAACUGUCUUGAAGGCUGAAGCAGGUUCUGCUGUGGUUCUGGAAAGUCCUUAUAUUUGUAGUUUGGGCUUCUAUGAGGACUCGACCUCAAGACGCUGGGGAGGGGAAAGGUCACUUCCAACUCAGCUUGCUAGAUGGUUGCGUUUAUAUUAUAUAGGCAUAACCAACUGUUUCGUAGUUGCUUAAAUGCAAGUUCUUUCGCAUUCCCUGAACUCAAAUUUUGCAGAACUAUUCUCUCUUCUUCUUCUUGUUUCUUUUUGACAUUUCAUGAAUGUUAUAUCACUUCUGCUUCA